AGCUGUUGACGUGAAAGCAGCCAGCCGGUGCGGAGCGUCUCGUGGUGUGUGUUUUGUCUGGCUGGCUUGUUGUUGUGUUUCUGUGCCGGCUCAGCAGAUUUGGCGAGCAGCGUUUAUCCCGAGAUUAGACGCGCACAAAAGCGCCGUCACAACACGAGCUCGUCCGGUUUAUAUGCAUAUAUAUAUAUAUAUAUGUGUGUGUGUGUGUGUGCGUAUAUGUCGCCACCGCGCUCACAUCGGUCUCGUCCGAUCUCGUCCGAUCUCGUCAGCAUGCGGCGUGCGCUUCAGCUGCUCUUCAUCGGCGCGAUGCUUGUCCUCCGCGCACAUGCUGAGGACAAAUCCGGAGACUUCAGGAGGCCCGAGUGCAGCGGUACCACCCUGACCCGAGCGUGCCCGCUCAACUACUCGCCCGUGUGCGGCAGCGACGGCGUCACCUACUCCAACGAAUGCGCUCUGUGCGUCCACAGACUGGAGAAGAAGUUGGACAUUGUGAUCGUGAAGGACGGCCCCUGUUGAUGACAUCACAUCAUCACCUUUUUUUCACUGUGUACUCACUCACACACACGCGUUUGUCUAUUUUUCUUGGUGUUCCUUAAAAAAAGAAUCGACUUUUCCAGUAACUUUUGUUGUCGAGUGUUCAAGACAAAGGUAAUGAAGAAAUUUAAAUGUGAAGAUUUGUACUUAAAGGAAAUAAACGAAGCUUGAAUGUCAA